UGCGCGAAACAGAAGGUUCUUUGAAAGACGGUCCGGACCGCGGUUCUUCAAGUCGGCCGCUCAAUUGGUCGCUCGAUAAGACAUUUUCGCUGAAAGCACGCGACUCGCUGUUUCUUUUCUGUCCUUUCCGCUUAGCCGCCUACGUUACUCAUGGGUGCAGACCAUGGGCCCGGACUAAGUGGCACUGGGGUGUGAUUUCUUACUCGCCAAGAUCCUCUGACUGUGCUUUCACGACGUCCAUUCACUGUGUGUUAUUGCGAAACGAAGCCGACGAGCCGAUGGAAAGCGCCCGAAAGGAGAGUUAAUUGAACCAAAGGGUCUCCCCGCCAAUCCCGUCUGCGGCCGACAAAACCGCAGCGGCCCCCACCCCGGUCCGACCCAUGGCGCGGAGACGCCGUCACCCCCACGAGGCUCCCGCCGUGACGCGGCGUCGCGCCGCGGGUUCGAACGCCGCCGCCGACGGCGACGACGCCCCCUCGAGGCUCAAGCCGCGGCCCCUGCAGCGCAACGCGGCCAACGCCCGCGAGAGGGCCCGGAUGCGCGUUCUGAGCCGCGCCUUCUCGCGGCUCAAGACGUCGCUGCCCUGGGUGCCCGAGGACACCAAGCUCUCCAAGCUGGACACGCUGAGGCUGGCGGCCGGCUACAUCGCGCACCUGCGCCGGGUGCUGCUGGACGACGACGAGGCGUCGUCGCCCGGUUCGGCCGCCGCCGCCGAAGAGGCCGCCUGCGGCUCGCCGCGGUGCCUGCACCCGCUGACGCUGACGUGGCCGUUCUCAUUCCACCAGCGGCUCGCCAGUCCCGAGGGGCAGCAGGACGCCGAGCCCAAGGUCCGACACGCCGUCUCCUGUCGCAUGUUCGAGGGCGAUGCACCUCUGGCGUCGUCGAACCGACCCGCCAAGCAGCCUUACCAGGAACCGGCCGCGUGUCACGGAGGCCACCGAUAUUCGUCCGCCCCCGCGGACGACGGAUUCGAGUCCUUCCUCGACUACCUGAACAGUUCCUCGGGACCGUCGCACCCUUCGUACUCGGGCCGCUUUAUGGCCAUAACGAGUCAACGACCCCUGUGUUCCUCCUGAAGUCUCUCCGCGUUGUCCUCCUCAGAGGGAGGCUUCGAUCGUAAAACUGGGCAAAUAGUAUCCGUAGUUUUAAAAGGAGUCCUUACGUCAGGAUCUUUUAUCUAAAUGCAUGUGAACGGAGUGAUCGUUCUGGUUUGCCAUCCGCUGCACCGAACUUGAUUACAUCUGUUGCAUCAUACAUACAUAUAUAUACCCGCCGUGGUUGCUCAGUGGCUAUGGUGUUAGGCUGCUGAGCACGAGGUCGCGGGAUCGAAUCCCGGCCACGGCGGCCGCAUUUCGAUGGGGGCGAAAUGCGAAAACGCCCGUGUACUUAGAUUUAGGUGCACGUUAAAGAACCCCAGGUGGUCGAAAUUUCUGGAGUCCUCCACUACGGCGUGCCUCAUAAUCAGAAAGUGGUUUUGGCACGUAAAACCCCGUGAUUUCAUUUUUUUAAUAUAUAUAUAUAUAUAUAUAUAUGUAUGUAUAUCGACUGAAUUCACGAUAUUUCCAUUUUCAGGCCCCAAUAAUUAUUUACGAAUGGCGCAGAAAAUCACAAAAGUUUGAUAAACUGAAUCAUCAGGCUUACAACUCCGUGACUUGGAAAUUUAAAAAGAAAAAAAAGAAACAAUGUCAAAAUUCUAUCAGCAGCGCCUAUUGAGGCAUCUAAAGCUCACAAAAUUGAUGCAUUAUAUACCGCUGUGAAAUCUACCGCUAAUUUGGGAGUAGUAUUCUUCAAAGUACUCGUAAGCAUUGCAUUAGUUUCACGCAAUCUGUGCAAUCGUAUACCAAAUACCUUCCCGCUUCAGAGGGUCUAGCAGGUGCAGUUUACACAACUGCGUUAUCCGUUUUGUUUAUUCCCAGUUACGGAUUUCUGAACUUUGUGUUUCAAUUUCUGAAGCUUACCAAUUUACGGUAUUUUUUUUUUACUGCGUGGUUUUAUAUAAAUAUUUUGCUUCAGGGUCCGAAUAAUUUAGCCUUCUUGCUUAACCGUCGCAAAUUUAGUUCGGAUAUUGGUUCGACUUUUUCCCAGUGAGAGAAAUAUACACUUCUCAUGCAUUUGGAUACGGAAAUUGGAGUUAGCCCCGAUUUCAGGUUGAGUACAUUCGCAGCAUAGACAUUUGGGAUACAAACUAUGGCAGCCUUGCCGCAAGCAAGGCACUUGGUAAACCAGAAAAUGCACAGAAGCGAAAGAAAGGUGUGGAGAGGAUGUUGAAGUUCCCGCACUUUCUUUCUAUGACGUCAUGCAUUUGGAUAGAGACCCCUAAGAACUAAUUGCCACUUUGUCGAUAAACAAAACAAAACAAAAGCAAAUUGCAUUGCAUUUUAAAAGAAUAAGAAGCUCUCCUUGGAAAUUUGGGAAUUUUCUCCCAACGGGAACGGAAAAAAAGAACACUUACUUUGGAAUCCAUGCCAUGACACUGACAUGCCGGCGCUGUAAUUCGAGCGCGAAGUUCAAAAGAAAGAAAGAAAGAAAGAAAGAAAGAAAGAAAGAAAGAAAGAAAGAAAGAAAGAAAGAAAAGCAGUGGCGCUUAUUAACUAUGCUAGUAAUCAAUAUUUCUCCGCCAAAUAAACAUAAAGACAGUCUCCACAGAAUGCAGUAUCAUUUUAAAACGAUUUAAUUUUCUUUUUUAGUCAAACGCGCGCACUAAUAUGAGAUACACGCCUGCUAUAAAUUGCAAGCAGGAUUAUUCGUGAAUCUUGAAAAAAAUGGGAUGCCUUUUCAGUGCUUGUUCAUAGUCUGACCAGUCGUAUGCAUGAAACGCCAGCAUGAAUUGUCUGUAUAGAUGUAUUUAACUGAAUAAUUUAUCCAGUAUUUAUUUUAUUAUCACUCAUGGUUGUCAACUUCCCACCUCGCAGUGUGCCUUGCAGAAGGCUCUUGUGGCGAUUUCCUUACACACUGGGGAUUUCCUAGCUCAUAUUAAAUUACAUCGGUAAGAAUUUUUUGUACAGGAUCUAGCAAUUACAGUGUUCUAAAUGCCCAUGCCUAAAACAUGUCAAUUUGCAAAACGUCGGGAAAAAGUGCCAGUUUUUUGUUCAAGGAAGAAAAGAAUUGUUUUCAUGCUGUAUUACGUCAGCGUUAAAUGCUUUGACGUAACACAGUAAUUUCGUCGACAUCAUUUCAUGUGCGUUCUCGCGUAUAAGUAAUAGUUAGCUCGCACUGUUCUUAUCUGCUAAUAAUUAUUUCCGCCUCCUUGAUACUGAUAAACGUAAUUAUCCCGUCGUAAAUAAAGAGUUUUAUACAUCAGGAACUCCAAUUUAACGGUCACAGUGGCUCUGCAUUUCGAAAUGGCUUCGUCUUUGGCUCAUACGCGCUCCAGCCGAUACUAUUCGUUGACCACUGUAAAACUAACUUGGUGCGUAGAUGCCUCUAGCGUACGCUUUUUCCAAAAGCUAACCUCUUUAUCCAGUAGAGACGCCACAAGCAAACACCUACCACACACUGUCUCACGUGGUUGUAUUCCCUGCAGGCGUCAUUAUCUAUGCAUAAAUAUAGUACUGUAUGCUCAUUCAGUGUAUGUGCAGAACGAAGUUGAUCUGUAACAGCCAAACUACGACAUUCGUCGUCAAGUUUUGCAAAAUGUUGCCGUCGGCAUAUUUUCUGUUACAUACAUCGAUGCUUUUGUAGCAUCGAUUAUCUGUUUCCAAAUGGCGAGCGUGACCAUCUGGGAUGUAUUUAUGUGAAUGUCAAUGCCUAAUAGUUGCAAUAAAUAUAUGG